AUGGAUUCUGAGUUUAAAGAACUUAGUAUCUCUUCAUUUUCUAGGCGACGGGUGGCAUCCAAUGAGGAGAAGAACGAAAUUUAUCAGAGAAAAUGUUUUGUUGAGAAUAAUCAAGAAGCUUUGAACACUCUCAAAAAUCGUCGCCGAGGAAUCCAAACCGUCACAUUGGACUUGCUUCGCCGCUACCAAAUAGCCUACCAGUUUGGGUGUCGCUACUUCACUGAGAGUCGCCGCGGGAUGUUUGAUAAGAUGAUGAGAACAAUUGAGCACCUGGAGCAAGGCUACAAAUCUCGUUUUGUUAACCAAAGCCAUUUGAUAAUGGUGGGAUUUGGGAAACUAGAGAAACCGUCAAUUUUGACACCGAGUCCACCACAGUCACGUCUUCAUCAUGUUGUCACGUCUUGUGUUCGGCGUCAGAAAUAA